ACAAAAUUGAAAUCAAAUAUAUUGUAAUUGACUGCAAUACUUAAAAACUUGAAACAAAAAGAAGCAUUGACCACAUUUAUUCUAAUUCAAUGACAACAAAUAUAGAGCAUUUUUGAGCUAAAAUAUUUUAUUUUUAUUCGCUCCGAAUUUACAGUGCUAGGCAACUUCCUGUUUCGUACUUUUUGCAAUUAGCCGAAAAAUAUUCACGUUUUGUGUGCUAAUUAGUUUUGUCGACGUAUUUAAGUUACAAUGCCGGAAAUGCCAAAGUUGCAUCUAGAGGAUGCACUGGAAGACAGUCCCCAGACGAGAAAUCUUUUGUCAGUUUUUGAGAAAGAUGCAAUGGUAUUGAAGAAGUACAGCAUGGGGCUCCACAACUGCUGCCAGAGAGUGAUGAGUGCUCAGAAUGAAUUGUGUGCUGCCACACAGUCUCUCUCACAACAUCUGAGGAAUUAUGAACUUCAGAAAUUUCCACUAGAAACAGAAAAUAGUAUACUGACAUCAACGUUGGAACAGUUUGCUGCAUAUCUAGACAAUAUCAGUUCCUUACAGCAAGUGCUGUCAGCACAGUUCUCUGAGACAAUGAUGUAUCCAAUGACUAAAGCCAUCCAGGCUGAUCUAGAUGAAAUCUCAACAAUGUAUGAAAUGUUUCAAAUAGCCACACAUGAACAUGAACACGCAAUGACAAGGUUUAUGAAAAUGCCUAAGAAGAAAGAUGUGCAGGAAGUGAAUGAGGAGUUGUAUAUGAUGCGCAAAAAAUAUCACCAGACGUCCCUGCAUUACUACUCUGCACUGAAUGCUUUACAGUACAAGAGGAAAUGUUUUCUCCUUGAGCCGAUUAUUGGAUACUUACAUGCACAGAGAGCUUACUUCAGCAUGGGCCAGGAAACAGUGUGCAAGCAGGAGAUGGAAGAAUUUCUACAAAAUAUCAGUGCUAGCAUUCAGGGAGUUCAAGCAGAAUUACAGGUAGAAACAAAGAAGACAGUAGACCUGAUAGAUAACUUGGAACAACAGAGUUUACACAUGUAUCAUGCUGAACCACCCAUCAAUAUGCCUUAUAUUCCUCCAAACAUAAAUCUAGCUCAAAAAUCAGGAUACCUUUUUCAACGUAGUAAACAGUUGAUAGGCAACAAGUGGGAUAGAUGUUUUUUCUUUACACAAGGAGGAAAUUUGAUGAGUCAGUCAAGAGAUGAGGUUGCGGGCAGCCUGGUUCUGGAUCUCAAUGAAGAAGGUGUGUUUGCAGAGCCCACAGAGGCUGAUGAUAGAAGAAAUGUCUUUCAACUUUCUACAGCUAAACAUCGAAGACUGGUUGUUUUGCAAGCUGAAAAUGAGAGGGAGAGAGAUGAGUGGAUUUCCACUUUAAACAAUGUGGUGAGAGACAGUGGGUUUGUGAGAGGUACCAAAGCCCAGCAACAGCAACAAGUGAAGGAGAGAUUGGGAAGUACAUCUAGUCAAAAAUCAGCAACUUCAAAUUCUUCACCAGAACAAGAAAGUGUUCCCAAGGCUAAGAGUGAAAGUCAGUCAUCGGCACCGACCCCAUCAACGGGGCCAAACAGCCCCUUUCUUCCAGAGACACCUAUCCAGUUUGACCUUUGUUCCCCUGAGGAUCAAAAUGGGGCGACUGUGAAUAAGUCAUUGCCAGGACCGCCAAAGAGAAUAAAUCCUUUUGACCAAUCAGCAACUGAUGUGAUAGAUGCCUUAGAUCAAGCAAUAGAUAAUGCUGCUUUCAUUGAAAGUUUUCUGGUGCGAUUUCUAGGCUCAAUGGAAGUGAAACAGGACAGAGGAGAAAAAUUGGUUCAUGAGACGAUAAGACAGAUCAUGGCAGCUCGUGCAAUACACAAUGUUUUUAAGAUGACAGAGUCAAGAAUGAUUGUAUCCAGUGAAUGUAUGAGGUUGAUAGAACCUUCAAACAACACAGUUAGGGUACAAUUUGCCUUAGAAGACAUAUCAUACUGGGCAGCUCAUCAUGAAAAUAAUAGGUUGUUUGGUUUCAUAACAAGGAACAAAGGGGAAGGGUCAUAUGCCUGCCAUGUGUUUGAGUGUAAUGUGUCUGCAGCAGAGAUAUGUAAUGCUAUAGGAACUGCAACGAAAAUGGCUUUCCAUGCUUUAAUGGAGAAGAAGGCAGCAGAGAAAAUCCGAACUUUAAAAGACAAGGAAAAAGAUGGGGCUGCUGAUGAGAACUUAUUGCUUGCCAACAUCAGUCAACUAGAGGAUAAGGAGGAGGAGGAGGAGAGUUUAUUGUCAUCCAACUUGCCAUUGUCAAGUGACAAAAAUUACAUGAAGUUGUCAGCAGAAGAUGAACAAGAUAUGAUGGAUGAAAUGGACAAGGAAAUGGGGGAGCUGGAUAUCAAACCAGAAUCUCCAAGGGCAGGGGAGCAGACGUCUGCUGAAGAAAGUAGCGGGAAAAGUGAACAGACAAAAGAUGAUGAAUCAAUUGCUUGAAAAAUCGUUUGAUUCAAAAUGCAAAAUGAAUAACUUAAUUGUAUAAAUAUUUACACAUUAAAUGUGGAAAAGGUAUCGAAACAAGUGAAAAAAUUCAGCUAAAGACAACUUCAUUGCAGCCAAUCAGAGCAGCUUUUACAUGAAAGGCAGAGUUUUCAUUGGCUUAUUUUCUGAGAUUGCUGUAAAAGAUAGAGCUUUAUGAUACCAGUUUCAUAUUCAUUGACUACCAAGAGGUGGAGGCAUCAGAUUCCAGAGGUGGCGGCAUCACAGUUUAGAAAUCAGUAAUCCAUAAUUCAUCACAGCUAAAUGAAGUAUUGAUCAGAAAAUCAUUGUCACAAGUUGAGAUGCUCUUCCCGCCUCUAUGAAAUUUGAAAACUAUGGAGUGUUAUAUUAACAAAAAGUAUGGUUGAAAUUUAAUAUCUUGAACUUGCUGGGUCACAAUGUUCCAAUUAUGGUGAAGAAAUUUUGAAGUCCCAUGGAAAUUCCUAACUCGAUUUAGGACAAAUUGAACAUUUUGCUAAAAGUAACUCCAAAAUCCUGUCAGUCAAAUUCUUUUGUAUUAUUACUCAAAAUGUGCUGAAUAAUUGUAGUCUGACAAACUUUGAUUUUAUCAUAUUCUUGCUGAAUAAAAUCAGUCAUUCUAAAACACACCAGAAAAGAAAUAUUUUCAUUAGAUGCAUAAAAUUCAUAUAAAUCCUUAAAAUAGCAUGUGCCUGUCUAAAAAUAUGUAGCGAUAAGAGUACAUAUACUGUAAGUACGGUUUGAAUUAGGAAUUGCAUAUAUCGUAAAAAAAAAGUCUGUCGUAGAAUUUGCUUUUAAAUAUGAUACUUUAAAAGUUUUGUGUUUUAGUAAUCAAACUAAGAUGGUAGAUUUUAAAGUUGUAAAAACAGUACAGUGAGUGAAAACUACCUGAUUGUAUGGAGAGGUUUACCUACCUUUUAUUACCAGUUUCAUGAGGUGUUAAAAAUGUGCACUGCUGAAAUGUGUAAACUGAGCGUUAUUUACCAGUACUUUAUAAUAUAUUUGCUGAAGCAGUCCAGAUUGGAACAACAUGUAUCACGUAGGGAUUAUGUUGGGAUCAGACAUCAAGUAUGAGCGAUCAAAUUUACACUGUAGUAACUAUUCAAUCAACUUGUUCAUGUUUUUAGAGGAUAAAAAUGUUGUUUUUAGCUCAUCUGAUUUUUUAAAAAAAAAAUGAUGAGUUAUUGUCAUCACUUGAGCGGUUGUUGGCGUCGGCGUCGGCGUUGCCUGGUUAAGUUUUAUGUUUAGGUCAGCUUUUCUCCUAAACUAUCAAAGCUAUUGCUUUGAAACUUGGAAUACUUGUUCACCAUCAUAAGCUGACCAAGUAUAGCAAGAAACAUAACUCCAUCUUGCUUUUUGCAAGAUUUAUGGCCCCUUUUGUACUUAGAAAAUAUCAGAUUUCUUGGUUAAGUUUUAUGUUUAGGUCAGCUUUUCUCCUAAACUAUCAAAGCUAUUGCUUUGAAACUUGGAAUACUUGUUCACCAUCAUAAGCAGACCCUGUACAUGAAGAAACAUAACUCCAUCUUGCUUUUUGCAAGAAUUAUUGCCCCUUUUGGACUUAGAAAAUCAGUUUUCUUGUUUAAGUUUUAUGUUUAGGUCAGCUUUUAUCCUAAACUAUCAAAGCUAUUGCUUUAGAACUUGCAACACUUGUUCACCAUCAUAAGCUGACCCUGUACAGCAAGAAACAUAACUCCAUCCUGCUUUUUGCAAGAUUUAUGGCCCCUUUUGGACUUAGAAUAUAUCAGAUUUCUUGGUUGAGUAUUAUGUUUAGGUCAACUUUUUCUCUUAAACUAUCAAAGCUAUUGCUUUGAAACUUGCAACACUUGUUCACCAUCAUAAGCUGACCCUGUACAGCAAGCAACAUAACUCCAUCCUGCUUUUUGCAAUAAUUAUUGCCCCUUUUGGACUUAGAAAAUCAUUUUCUUGGUUGAGUAUUAUGUUUAAGUCAACUUUUCUCAUAAACUAUCAAAGCUAUUGCUUUAAAACUUGCAACAGUUUUUCACCAUCAUAAGUGGACACUGUACAUCAAGAAACAUAACUCUAUCCUGCUUUUUGCAAGAAUGAUGGCCCUUUUUAGACUUAGAAAAUCAUGGGUAGGACAAUAUUUCUAUUAUACAAAAAAAAUCAGAUGAGCGUCAGCACCCGCAAGGCGGUGCUCUUGUUUUUAAGAUGUGCUACAAGCUGGUAAUAAGGUAGAGUGUUUUGUUUAGCAUGGGUUGUAGAAGAAUGCCCCCACCAGAAAUGAAUGGAACAAUGUAUUUGGCAGGUGUCAUAUUUACCCCCCCCCCCCCCCCCACAUCAAGUCUAGGUCAAUACUACUGGAAACAGUACCACUUUAAGUACCGGUGAAUCACCCAACACUGACCACUAAUUGGGAUAUCAUUUGAGACUGAGAAUGGAACCUUGUCGAUUGCUGGCAUUUUACUCCAGCCUGCUAACCCCUGUGCCACUGACUCCCUUUAUGUACUUACCAAUUUCAUGUUGCAAAAGUGGCCUUUUUUACAAUUUCCGAUGUACAAACUUUUGUACAGUAUCCUUGUAAAUUCCAAAAGCAAAUUAUUAAAAACAAAGCGCCAAAAGGAAUAUAUCGGAAACAACGUAUUGAAAGGAGAACUGGAAAGUCAACUUUCUGUAUCAAUAUUUACAAAUAGUAAAUUCUAGUUUUCAUUUUCUUUUUCUCAGUAUUUAAGUACUCUGUAUAACUUUGUUGGACUUUUAAACAACUUUGUUAUCAUAGCGCCCCAUGUGGUUCUGAGACAAUCUGUGUAUGAAAAGAAUUGGAACCACAUUAAUUGCCUUACCCUUGCAUGAUCGUAAGAGGCGACUAAUAGGGUCUUAACACUUGAUUUUGCUGUAACUCUGUGAUUCCAGCAGGUAUGCAAAUUUUGAUUCCAUAUCUCAUGUUUUUAUUUUGAUGUAUAUGAGAUAUGAAACCAAAAUUUGUAGUCCUGUUUGGCGCCAAAUAACCUAUACUGUGUUGGUGCGCCAUAAAACCCAAAUAAAAUAAAAAAUAAAUUGUUAUCAUAGCAGUUCAAAUAUGGUGCUUUUGACACAAAAUUUUUUUCAAAUGAUAAUUUGUUUGCAAUCAUCUUUGGCUAAGUUAUCAAUUAUACUGAUACUUUUAGGCACAGGAAACGCCUGUGAGUUGGUAUACAAGUUAAAAGCCUAAUUGCUUAUUAAAUUUCAUAACCAUAUUCUCAUUGUUGGACAGAGGUAUUUGUUUUACGAAAACAUUGUCCGGUAUAUUUUUGGUGAAAAUACUAUAGACCUACACUUUAACUACAUGAAUACAUGUGUAAAUUUCAGUGUAGCUCACUUAUUAUGCACUCUGACUGUGGUACUACCGUGCAAUGACUGUAUUUAUACGGAAUUUUAUAUACUUUGGCAUUAUAUGGUUCUCAUGCCUACAAGGGUGUUAAUGCAUAUUUGUUAACAUUAAAGGAUUAUAUAGGAUAUAUAAUUGUAUAAUUGAUAGUGUUAUGAAUAACAUUGAUUUUGAAAUGAAUCUAUGUAUUUUACCGUAUUGUUGAUAAUUUGAAAAACAAACUGCUGUAACAUAUGCUUAGAUAAUUUUGCCAAUAUCUGGAAAUAUUUAUAUUUAUAAACAAUGCCUGUUUUCCUUGUGACAUAUAUGUAUGCAAAAUUGAUAUAACUAUAUAUUAUAUAAAACAAAGACUGUAAUUAUGAGAUAAGAAACAAUCAUGGUGUUUGCACUUGAACAACAUGUAUGAAUUCGUGCAUCCUUUAUGUCCCAAGUAUUUUUUAGAUUUUAUUUAUACAUAUAUGUAGGGUAUGUGUAUACUGAACUUAAAUAUAUAAUACUGCAAAGAUUUUUUAUGUCGUGUAAAGUGAGAUAUUUUUGCUAGGCCAAGGUUAAGGUCUCAGUGUGUUAAAUCAUCCUCUGUAUGAAAGUCUGAAAUCUCCCCGGGGAGUUUGAGUGGGGGAUUUUUGUUGUUUAUGUAAUUGGACAUUAUGAGAAAUAAUGUUACCAUAUACAAACUCUUUCAUCUUUACCUAUAGAAACAUUUCACCAAAAAACUUGUCAAGUGCUAAUGAAGAUGACAAUGCAUAACGUGUUUGAUGUUAAAGAUUUCCUGGUUUUCUUAUAUUAUCCAGUGACCUUCACCCACACAGUAUACCUCAUGUUACAACAGACGCUAGUCAUUCUGUGAUCAAUGCACUUAACCCUUACCCUGCUAAAUUUCUAUAAUGGACUGGUCUAUCUCUCAGUUUGGGAAGUACCAUUUUUUUUAUUGAAGGGAUGUUCACUGAAAAUUUACUGACUGAAUAGCGAACAGUGCAGACCACGAUCAGACUGCAUGGAUGUGUAGGCUGAUCUUGGUCUGCACUGGUCGCAGUGGCUGAAUCACUUGCUGCCAGCAGGCUUAAGGUUAAUAUUUGUAAAAUUUGAUUCUGAUUUUAUACAAAAUUUACACUACAUUUUGGGAGAAAAAAAUGAAAUUGUAGCAUAGAUUUAUCCCAAGUAAACAUUUGUGAUUUGAAAUUUUGUUUUGAAUUUAAUUAAGAUUAAAAUUUUGCAGUCUAAAUUUGAUUACAGUCAUUUAUGAAUAUUUUAUGAAUGAAAAAUAAGUUUUAAAAAGAUUUCUAUUUUUAAGAAGCUUGAAUAGCCUUAGUAACAUGGUUGUAUGAAAUAGAAAAACUUUCAGGAAAUGUAUAGUUACUAUCAUGAUCUCAUAAUUGUAUGUUUAGAUGUGUUUUCAUCCAGAUUGUUUUAUAUGUAAACUUUAGAAGUUUUAGUGCUACUCAAUUGUUUUUGUUUGUUUUGCUGUAUGUAGUGUUAAAGUAUUUUUUUUUUUUUGAAAACAAAAAUACUUAAGGGUUAGCUUAAUGAGCUCUUAAUUGAAUGAUACACAUGUAGUGGUGGCAGGGUAACGGAGAGAACUAUCACAUGUUUCUUUUUAUUGCUUGUCAUUGAUAAGAAAAUACGUUUUAUGUGACAUGAGUUUCAUGUCCUGUAGGCUAAAGGGUAAUCAGUUGGAUCAGUGCCUUUCUCCAAGACAGCUGGAUGUCUUUGUCACCCUGUGUGACCUGUACCUCAAGUAAUGUACAGAGUCUUGCACCAUCAUUAUAUAGCUGAAAAGUUUACAUGAAUUCCACCAGACAAAACAAAACUCAUUUUCAUCCUUAUCUUUUUCUCUAUGAGCAUCAAUGUCAGAGUCAUCAGUUACUUAAAUGUGUGCAAGUGCUAGUGGAUGUAAGUACAUUGGUUAAAGGCUAGUUGCUCAUACACUGAUCAUUUCCCAGUUGUUUUGUAGACAUAUCACCAGACGAACCUUGACAACUAGGUCGUUAUGUCUCCCAUCACACAGUGGUGAGGGAGACCUAUUGAUUUACUCCUGUGUGUUUGUCACAAAUCUUGUCCGCACUCUAAGUCGAACAUUUCUCAUCCGAUCUUCACCAAACUUGAACAAAAUGUGUCUGCCAAUAAGUCCUUGGGCAAGUUCGAUUACUAGCCAAAUCGCCCCAGGCACUUCAGAAUUAUGGCCCUUGAAUUACCCAAAAUCCGCCUUUUUACUCUUCAAAGAUAUAUUUAUAGUGAGUAAACAGUAUAUAAAGACUGACUUACUAUUUAGAUCAUUAGGCAGUUGUGGGAGACAUGCGCUUUUCUCCAAAGCAGCUCUAGUUGACCUUGGAUUGUUUCAUCAAGCUGUGUCCUGUUAUUGUUACAAGGAAAUAACAUGCAAGGAAGGAGAUAAGUACUUCAUAAUUUAUCAGUCUGUCAGCCCAGCUGAAUAUCAGAUACAAUACCCGGUUUUUAAAUUUAUUUAAUGUUUGAUUUCCUGUUAGUGUUAUUGUUUUAAAGAUAAUUUGAAGUGUUUUGUUGUUAAGCAAACAUGUGAAAUCACUGUUGGUAUAGAAGCUAUGCUAUCUAGUCAUUUUUAGCCUCUGGUCAGUUAAAUUAACAAUAUCAAGUCAUAAACAUACAAAACAGAAAAUAUGAGAUAAUUUCAUGCACUUAGCCAUUACCCUGCUAAAUUUCUAUAAUGAAUUUGUCCAUCUUUCAAUUUAGACAGUGUUAUUAACUGUUAAAAGUGUUUUGCACUUAAAAAUUACUGACUGGAUGGCAAGCAGUGCAGAUUUUGAUCAGACUGCACAAGGUGCAGGAUGAUCAUGAUCUACACUGGUCGCAAAUGCAGAAUCAAUUGUAUCCAGCAUGAUAAGGGUUAGGGGUGAUCAUGCUUGGCUUUUUUAGCUCACCUGAGCACAAAGUGCUCAAGGUGAACUUUUGUGAUCGCCCUGUGUCCUUCGGCAGCGGCGUCAGCAAUUUGACUGUUAACACUCUAGAGGUCACAAUUUUUGCCCAAUCUUAAUGAAACUUGGUCAGAAUGUUACCCUCAAUAAAAUCUUGGACGAGUUCGAUAUUGGGUCAUCUGGGGUCAAAAACUAGGUCACCAGGUCAAAUCAAAGGAAAAGCUUGUUAACACUCUAGAGGUCACAAUUUUGGCCCAAUCUAAAUGAAACUUGGUCAGAGCUUACGGAAGGUCGGUGGUUCUACCCAGGUGCCCGCUCGUGAUGAAAUUUGCACGGAGGGGCACCUGGGGUCUUCCUCCACCAUUAAAGCUGGAAAGUCGCCAUAUGACCUAAAAUUGUGUUGGUGCGACAAUAAACCCAACAAAAUAAAUAAAUAAAUAAACUUGGUCAGAAUGUUACCCUCAGUAAAAUCUUGGUCGAGUUCAAUAUUGGGUCAUCUGGGGUCAAAAACUAGGUCACCAGGUCAAAUCAAAGGAAAAGCUUGUUAACACUCUAGAGGUCACAUUUAUGACUGUAUCUUCAUGAAACUUGGUCAGAAUGUUAAUCUUGAUGAUCUCAAGAUCCAAUUUGAAUAUGGGUCAUGUAGGAUCAAAAACUAGGUCGCCAGGUCAAAUCAAAGGAAAAGCUAGUUUACACUGUAGAGGCCGCAUUUAUGACCAUAUCUUAAUGAAACUUGGUCAGAACGUAAAGCAUGAUGAUCUAUAGGUCAAGUUCAAACCUGGGUCAGGUGGGGUCAAAAACCAGGUCACUAGGUCAAUUCAAAGGAAAAGCUUGUUAACACUCUUAGAGGCCACAUUUAUUACUGUAUCUUCAUGAAACUUAGUCAGAAUGUUAAUCUUGAUGAUCUUUAGGUCAAAUUCGAAUCUGGAUCAUCUGGGAUCAAAAACUAGGUCACAGGGUCAAAUCAAAGGAAAAGCUAUUUAACACUUUAGAGGCCACAUUUAUGACCAUAUCUUAAUGAAACUUGGUCAGAAUGUUAAUCUUUAGGUCAAUAGAUCAGGUGAGCGAUACAGGGCCUUCAUGGCCCUCUUGUUUCUAUACAAUAUUCUCCAUGUGAUCAGCUUGUGAGACAUUUAGCUGUGCAAAUUGUAAGCUGAUUAUGCAUUCAUGCAGAAAUACAGACUGGUCCAACAAUAAGCAGUUAUUGUAUGAUGAUGAGGUCAUUCGAUAGUCAUUGAUUUAAUCAUAUAGUUAGUGUUUAGCUAGUCUGAUUUUUUUUAAAAAAUCUACAAGGUAUUGUCAUUACUUGAUUGUCGACAUUUGCUAAUUUUUAUGCCCCCAAAGGGAGGCAUAUAGUUUUUGAACGGUCUGUCAGUCUGUCCACAAUUUUUGUGUCCGGUCCAUAUCUUUGUCAUCGAUGGAUGGAUUUUCAAAUAACUUGGCAUGAACGUGUACCACAGUAAAACGACAUGUCGCGCGCAAGACCCAGGUCCGUAGCUCAAAGGUCAAGGUCACACUUAGACGUUAAAGGUCAUUUUUCAUGAUAGUGCAUUCGUGUCUGGUCCAUAUCUUUGUCAUCCAUGAAUGGAUUUUCAAUUAACUUGUCAUGAAUGUGUACCACAGUAAGACAACGUGUCGCGCGCAAGACCCAGGUCCGUAGCUCAAAGGUCAAGGUCACACUUAGACGUUAAAGGUCAUUUUUCAUGAUAGUGCAUUCCUGUCCGGUCCAUAUCAUUGUCAUCCAUGGAUGGAUUUUCAAAUAAUUUGGCAUGAAUGUGUACCACAGUAAGACGACAUGUCGUGCGCAAGACUCAGGUCCGUAGCUCAAAGGUCAAGGUCACACUUAGACGUUAAAGGUCAUAUUUCAUGAUAGUGCAUUGAUGGGCGUGUCUGUUCCAUAUCUUUGUCAUUCAUGCAUGGAUUUUAAAAUUAUUGGGCAUGAAUGUGUACCACAGUAAGACGACGUGUCGCGCGCAAAACCCAGGUCCGUAGAUCAAAGGUCCUAAACUCUAACAUCGGCCAUAACUAUUCAUUCAAAGUGCCAUCGGGGGCAUGUGUCAUCCUAUAGAGACAGCUCUUGUUUUGUUUAGGUCCACCUUUCCUCAAAAACCAUAAUAGCUACAGCUUUGAAACUUUGCACACUUGUUUGUCAUCAUUAGAUGACUUUUUAGGCCAAGAACCAUAACUCUAAUUUGCAUUUUGUCAAAAUUGUGGCCCUUUUUGUACUUACAAAAUUUUAGUUUCUUGGUUAAAUUUUUUGUUUAGGUCCACCUUUUCUCAAAAACUAUAAGAGCUACAGCUUUGAAACUUUGCACACUUGUUUAUCAUCAUUAGUUGACUAUGUAGAUCAAGAACCAUAACUCUGAUUUGCAUUUUGUUAGAAUUAUGGCCCUUUUUGUACAUAGAACAUUUAGAUGGUGCUCCAGAAUGCUGUCCCUGCUGUCACAAAUUAGGAUGUUCCAUCUUCACAUAACUUCCUUUAAUUGUGAUGUUUGAAAUACGUAGUCAACAGAUAUACAUCUGUUACAACAGUUGAUUGAUAAACUGCUGGGAAAUGGAAAAUGGGAACUGCAUUAUCUUACAACAGAAAACAUGCAUGUCUGUGAGCAUAUUUGGUAAAACUAUACUUUUGGAAAAUAUUAAUGUACAAAAUGUAUUCAGUUUUGAAAGUUCAAUACUAAUAUGCUAUUUAUCAGAUAAAAAUUCAGCAUUCAUGUAUAAAACUCUGAUUACAUGUAAAAUGUAAAAAUGCUUAUAGCCGAAUGGUAUCACAUAUAUUAGGACACCCUGUAUCACAGAUUUGUUACGCUGAAUUGUUCAUGAGCUUGUUUGCUGGCUUACAAAGAAUGAUAAUUGUUAAUGACUUUUAUGAAAGGUAUCCUGUUUUAAUAUAUUUUUCUUUUAUGUGCCAUAAUUUUAUUGAGCCCGCCCGCUUAGCUCAGUAGGUAGAGCGUUGGUCUACGGAUCACUGGGUCGUGAGUUCGAUCCUCGGGCGCGGCGUAUGUUCUCCGCGACUAUUUGAUAAACGACAUUGUGUCUGAAAUCAUUAGUCCUCCACCUCUGAUUCAUGUGGGGAAGUUGGCAGUUACUUGCGGAGAACAGGUUUGUACUGGUACAGAAUCCAGGAACACUGGUUAGGUUAACUGCCCGCCGUUACAUGACCGAAAUACUGUUGAAAAAUGGCGUUAAACCCAAAAACAAACAAACAUAAUUUUAUUGAUUUUACCCAGAAAGUUUAUGUAAUGUGCUGUGUAUUUUUGUCUCAUGUAGCUUCACCAGAUUUGGAGACAGAUUGAUCAACGAAGGCUUACUUUUUGUACAUGAU